UUUGCUGUUGCUCUGACGAUAGUAUAAAUACUUUCAGGCCAUCUUUCUCAAAGAGAGAAUCUGGUUAUCAAUCUCCCAGAUCUCUCACUCACUUAAAUGGCGAAUCCAUGUACUGUACCCGAUGCUCCUUCAACUAGGCCAACCAUAACACACGUUAUCUUCGACAUGGACGGCCUUUUACUUGACACAGAGAAAUUCUACACUGAAGUCCAGGAGAUUAUUCUUGCUAGAUACAAUAAAACUUUUGAUUGGUCUCUCAAAGCCAAAAUGAUGGGCAAGAAGGCAAUAGAAGCUGCUCGAGUUUUUGUUGAAGAGACUGGAAUUAGCGAUUCACUCUCAGCUGAAGACUUUCUUCUAGAAAGAGAGGAGAUGCUGAGAACUAUGUUCCCAACAAGUGAACUCAUGCCAGGGGCCAGUCGUUUGAUUCGGCACCUCCAUGCGAAUGGAAUACCUAUCUGUGUUGCAACGGGUUCACACAGAAGGCAUUUUGAAUUGAAAACACAAAGACAUGGUGAACUUUUUUCACUGAUGCAUCAUAUUGUUCUUGGUGAUGAUCCAGAAGUGAAACAAGGGAAACCUUCUCCAGAUGUGUUCCUUGCAGCGGCCAAGAGAUUUGAGGGUGGACCAGUUGAUCCACAGAAGAUACUUGUUUUUGAAGAUGCACCAUCAGGCGUCCUAGCAGCUAAGAAUGCUGGCAUGUCGGUGGUCAUGGUUCCAGAUCCUAGGCUGGAUAGCUCGUUUCAUCAAACUGCUGAUCAGGUUCUAAGCUCCCUGAUGGACUUCAAUCCAAGUGAGUGGAGUCUGCCUCCUUUUGACAAAGCGGCAAACUGAUCAUACAUUGAUUGGUAUAGCGUGACACAUCUUGCUCACGACAGAUUGUUUCCAGCUGGUUGUUUAAGAGACAUUUCAUUUCAAAUGAGGUUUUCAGGACAAGAGUCACAUACCCUUUUCUCAAUGGAGAAUUUCCAUCGCUGUGAAACUGCUGUCAUUUGAUUAUAUGUUCUUUAACAGUUACAUGAAGUGAAACCUAAAUUGAUCUUCUGAAAUUUGUUUGCUGUCAUCAUGUAAUACAUUAUUUGUUCUCAUCA